AUGGAUAAAUUUGUGAUAAAAAAUUCUUCCAAGCAAGCCACUAUGGAUAAAUUUCUAAAGAGAAAAUUGAUUGUGUCACAAGAUUUAUCUCCUAUCCGAGAAACUUAUGGUAGUGAUCUAAUAGAACAUUCUUCCAAGAAAAGUCAUAUUGACUUGGAAACUCUUCCCACUGAUCUUGGAUUACGUAAAAAAAUAUUAGAGUAUCAUCCUAAUGAUCAAUAUGAGAUUAGAAGGGCAUAUUUGCUAAAAGGCCCUUGUCAACCUCGUAGCCACAAAUUUCCACAAAGAGAUGUCGGUGGGGUUUUGCGUCGAUUUAAUCCAAAAUGGUUUAAAGAGUUUGGCAAUUGGUUAGAGUAUAGCAUAAAAAAAGAUGCUGCAUUUUGUUUGUGUUGUUACUUAUUUAAGCUCGACAUUGGAAAACAAGCAGGAGGUGACACUUUUGUUACUGGAGGCUUCACAUCUUGGAAUAAAAAAGAAAGGCUAGCAGUUCAUGUUGGAGAUUGUAACAGUGCUCAUAACCAAGCUUGGAAGAAGUGUGAAGAUUUAAUGAAGCAAAAACAACACAUCCAAGAAGUUUUCCGUAAGCAAUCAGAUCAAGCUAAGAUUGACUAUCAGACUCGCUUAAAUGCAUCAAUUGACUACGUAAGAUUCCUUUUACACCAAGGGUUCGCUUUCCGUGGUCAUGAUGAAUCAGAGAAUUCAAGUAACAGAGGAAAUUUCCUAGAGAUUUUACAGUUUCUUGUUGAUCACAAUGAGAGCAUAAACAAGGUUAUCUUGCAAAAGGGUCCUAAAAAUAUGAAGUUCGUGACACCUGAGAUUCAAAAAGAUAUAGCAAAUUGUGCUGCAUGUGAAACUACCAAUGCCAUCAUUGAAGAGAUUGGAAAUCAGUUCUUUGCAAUUUUAGUUGAUGAGUCUCGUGAUGUAUCAACUAAAGAACAAAUGGCGGUUGUUUUUCGAUAUGUGGACAAAAGAGGGAUCAUUACAGAAAGGUUUCUCGGUCUCAUGCAUGUUGUGGAUACCACUGCUUUAUCACUUAAGGCAGCAAUUGAAUCCUUGUUUUCUAAACAUGGUUUAAGUUUAUCAAGAAUAUGUGUUCAAGGUUACGAUGGAGCUAGUAAUAUACAAGGUGAAUUCAAUGGUCUUAAGUCCUUAAUUAUGAAGGAGAAUGGAGAAGCGUUUUAUGUUCAUUGCUUUGCUCACCAACUUCAAUUGACUCUUGUAGCUGUUGCAAAAAAUCACAUUGAUAUUGCUUCGCUUUUCAAUUUGGUUAGUAAUGUAUUGAAUGUUGUUGGAGCUUCUUGUAAACGUCCGGAUAUGCUUAGAGAGACACAAGCUGCUAAAGUUGCAGAAUCAUUAAGCAAUGAUGAGAUUCAAAGUGGGCAAGGGAUGAAUCAAGAAAUUGGUCUUAAGCGGGCUCGUGACACGCGUUGGCGAUCACAUUAUGGAACACUUCUAAACUUGAUUUCCUUAUUUGCUUCAGUGAUAAAUGCUCUUGAAGUUGUUGAAGAGGAUGGCUCACACUCGGGGUAA